UUCUGACUUGACGUGCCUUUCCACCCUGGCUCUUAACCCUGCAGCAAGACAACGAUGGCUUCUUCUCGUUUCGGCCUCCUGUGCCUCGGAGCUUGUAUUUUAUCCGGAACCCAAGCUUUUGGCGUGCUCCAGAGCAGAGGAAUCGUAACAUCAAGUUUUGCUCCUGCCAGAUCUCUUGCUUCUCCAACAAGGGGAUGUUCGGCGCCUGGACACCGCCGCUCGCUUUCUAUGGAAGGGGUAAACCCCCGCGAGGACGCGGAUUUCGAAAUGACGGUCGACUGGGAUGAAGAGCUGCGCAAGCUUAACGCGAGCCAGUACGGGAAGCGGCAGGAGCGCGACUUGACGAAGGACAUGAACGAUCCGGAGGCCGUCAAGUGGGCCAGGAAAAAUGCGAAAGUUGCUCAGUCCGCCAUGGAGAACAGCACCAAACAGGUUCGGAGCGCCAUGCGCAAGGCUCCCCGCUGGCAGACGCUGUCCCGCGACUACCGAUUCUGGUUGGGGCUCGUGGUGGCCCUAAGCCUGGUAUCCUCCGUGAUCAGCGCCUCCGGGAGAUCCCACGACCUGGUGGUGUGCAACGACGUUCUGGGGAGCGAGGCGUUCGGCGAGGCGUUCUUCGCGCACGCCGCGUUGCUGGCCGCGACCACGGCACACUCCGCUGGCGACGCGGCGACUCAGCUGGCGGACACCGGGGCGGCGAUGGUGUUCGUGUGAGGCACAGCAUGCGAGCGCACGCGCACGCGCAGAAGGGACCACUACUGCUUCUACUGCUGUGAGAGCUUCGAAUCCCCGGCAGAACGAGGUGGAGCGAACAGAUUGGAGGGGGUGGGAGUGGUGUAUGAAAUGUCCACCGCGGUGCCCCCAUGACGGUAGGGGGGAACGCAAACGGGAAAAUUCCGGGGAGGCGACGCAGAUCGAUAAAGAUGGACGUGUGCCCAGAGCGAGAUGCGUGGGCGCGGCAAUCGCCCGCCGUGAAGGGUCCAGAAAGUCCAUACCGGUGUUCUGAUCAACCAUGUAAAUAGGGAAUGGGGGUAGGGUAGGCGGGGUACACCGUUUGUAUGUGAGCGGGAGCACUGACACGACCGCAGUCUUACCUGGCGAUUGGAACUUCCAAGGGCGGUGUUUUCUGGUCCUGAGCGUUGUGCCGAUAUAUCGCGAGAGCGGUGUUCAGAGCAGCCCGUGUGGGCGAGGGGUGGGUGUGCGGGUGCGGCUUUCGGUUGCAACGAGAUUCGUUGAGAAGAUCCGAGCAUUGUAUGUGGUGUGUGGUUGGUCGGUGAACUUGGAGAGUGGAGGUCGCACCUUCCCGCGGAAGAGAUGGGCAACGACACCACAGCAGCAGCAGCAGCAGAGGUAGAAAGUGCGUUUGUGCAGGUACCCAGCAGCCCUCCCAUGUUGUGGCUCGGCGUGGUCGUGUGAAAUAAUGAAGCAGAUGUGCUCAUGUAUGUGGGUUCACGCGAAGAGCGUGGUGAAUCAUCUGUACCUACGGGGAAGGUGGCUGCAGCCCUGCUUGAGUGGUAGGCGCGCGCCCGGGGGGGGGAGGGGGGGGGCACUUUUGGCUCUAGGGUAGGGGAGCCGACCAUCUUCGCGCAGGGCGGUAAACCUUUCUGUGCAACCUUUCUGUGCUGAAGGGGCCGUGCUAGGGUUGGUGGUCGUUGGCAGUCUCUCGAAAUCGUUACCCCGGAGUGGGGGGGGAGUGCACCAAAUGUAUGAAGUCGUCAUGUCUGUAUUGUAGUUCCACCUCCGUUCGGUGUCACGUAUGAUUCGGUCUCUUGUGCAGCGGUGAGGGGAUCACCGACACACGGGGAGUUGGGUGUGCGUGUACCCGCCGUGUGCCUUCUAUUUGCAAACGACGACACAGUUUUGCCCAUGUUUCGUAGUUGGCGUGUCAAGAAAGACCGGGAAAUCUUCUCUGCCCGCUGCGUUGUCUUGUUGGAUGCAUCGAAAGGAGGGAGUGAAGCUCGUCUUUCGGAUCGUCUUUUUUUCCAUGUCUACGCCGGGUGAGCUCUGGAUCAAAUUUUGAGUGAUUCUACUCUGCCUAUGUUAGGGUCUCGCCUACGGUGGCGUCUCGACAAACCAAUUUUGAGGUCAAGGUUGUCCCCCGAACCACAGUAGCGAUCGGCUGACGCUUCGCUUCGUGCUGGCGUGUGGCGCAAGAAUGAUUGACUGGUGCAACCCUUAUUCCUCAGAGUAGCACUUGGUGCAGGGUGAGGAGGGUAGAGUCACGAGCUACGGGUGUGUGCGCGUGAUUGGCCAAGACCAGGCUCCUUCCUCUUGUCGCGGGCGUGCCGAACGACGAUUUCGUUGAAUUUGACAAUAUUUGCAUGUCGCGCUACCAGUCGCGAACUAAUAAGCACUAAAGGAGGACGUGAGGCGGCAGGAUAUGAGAUAUCCAGGGACGUGUGUGGAGUCUG